ACUGCUUCAUCUUCCUCUGAAACACUGUGACUGCACCUCUCAACUAAAAUUCACUGCCACUAAACGUCCGUCAUUUAACCCAACCAAUCUUCCUCCAUUUCUGCAUCCUCUCUCUCUCUCUCUCUCUCUCUCUCUCUCUCUCCCUCCAUUUCCGAGCGUACGAUUGAACCUGCGGAUGAGCUCUUGUUCAUUUGAGUGGUUCCGAAUGAUGAUUUGAUGCCGGGAGUUCGAUUUCUGUUGGUUUCCAGAGAAAAUGUGAUCAUCCGAGAAAUAGGAAGCAGAAAGCGAUGUCUUCUUAUUCUAGUUCUGUUGACAGCUAUGGAGUUCAAGUGUAGCUGUAGUCAUUUACUCAUUGGCUGUAUAUUUCGCAAACAUGAAAUCAGAUGGUGAAGCACUCGUCAUCUCAGGUGCAAUUUGACUUAGUUUCCUGAAGCUGGUUGGAAGAAAACCUGUAUGCAAAUGACCACUUAUGACCAAGAUGAUGUUGUCCAGUGGACUCUCCGCUUGUUUGACACUAACCCUUAUUCAAAUUACGAAUAUUGCGGAACCAUUGCACAUGAUGAUGAUGUAGUGCAAAAUGAUGUUAACUAUUACCACGGACAAUAUUUCAAGGAAGACCUAUACGAUGCCGAACCUUGUAGUGUAGAAAAUGAUGAGCUUCUUGCACAUGCUCUUCAAGAAUUGCAACUUCCAGUGGAAGAAGAGUAUGAAUCUCCACAAGCAAAGGACAAACAUUUGCAGUUCUCUGAUUUCCGACAAGAAUGGAUCGAUCAAUCUUUGGGGAGCUUUAUCUCUGGCCAGGAUUCUGGACAGGAAGAGGUGGAUGAUGGUGAUCCUUCAAGUUCAUGUUCAAGCCCUGAAGAGAGCCCUUUUGGAAAAGAAGAUUGGUUUUAUUCUAUUGAGCUCACUGAUGAACAUUCUUUCGAUGGCAAGGUUGAGAAAAGUUUGAAUCAGAUGGUUCCGAUUCCUCAUGUUCCCAAAAUCAACGGAGAAAUACCCUCUAUCGACGAAGCAACAUUAGAUCAUCAGAGGCUAUUAGACAGAUUACAGGUAUAUGAUCUGGUUGAGCUCAAAGUUCAAGGAGAUGGUAAUUGCCAGUUCCGUGCUCUAUCCGAUCAAUUCUAUCAAACUCCUGAGCAUCAUGAAUUCAUGAGACAGCGCAUCGUGAAUCAGCUGAAAGAAUAUCCUAAGAAUUAUGAGGGUUACGUUCCCAUGGCUUACCAUGAAUACUUGGAGAAGAUGUCAAGGAAUGGCGAAUGGGGUGAUCAUGUAACCCUGCAGGCUGCUGCUGAUUCAUAUGGUGUCAAGAUAUUCGUGAUAACGUCGUUCAAAGACACCUGCUACAUCGAGAUCCUUCCCAACGUUCAAAGUUCGAAACGGGUUAUCUUCUUGAGUUUUUGGGCAGAGGUACACUACAACUCCAUAUACCCCCAAGGAGAAAUGCCGACGUUAGGGACAAAGAAGAAGAAAAAAUGGCGAGGCUCGAGGAAGCGUUUGGAGUCGCUGGAAGAGUACCAGUAAGCGAAUUCGCGGAACAAAAAAGAAGAUACUCAGAGAGAGAAGCCAUCGUAGAAACUCAAACUGGUUUGGUAACUCCCUCCUCUCUUGAUUGUAACUUCUGCAUUAAGCUCGCAACCCUCCAUUAAUCUGCGUUUUUUUUUUGUUUAUGCUUAUUUGAGUUUUAUCCCCGAAAAAAAAGGGGGAAUUGAAUUGUGAGGUUGAGGUUUCCGGUCACUAAAGCAUGGAAAUUUUUACUGUCAUUUAUAUGUAUUAUUAUAUGCCAAAUAUAUUGGAAGAUAUGGAAGAUAUGAAACUUCGAAUC